AUGUUCAAAGAAUUAUUUAGCAUGGCUCGAAAAAAGGGACUCAUUCCAUUAUUGUUGGCUUACAAACAAUCUGUGAUUAUUUGGGGAUCUAUUAUUUUAUUUUUACCGAUUAUGCUGUGCACUGAUGAAGCUCUAAAGGUUAGUUAAAAUAUUUUGUUUGAUUUUUAAACUGUGACAAAUUGUGUCAUUUUAUUACCCCAAGAAACGAUCAUUUAGUUUAUUGUAUCUUGAUAGUGAUAAAACAUGAAUAAUUACCCCUUUUGUCACACGAUCUUCUCGAAAAAUGACGAAAAAUGUUUUCAUUGAAAUAUGAUUUUUAUAAAUCACAAAUAAAACAAAACAAACCAAGAAAGACAACCUUCGAAAAAAAGAGAAUAAAUAAAAUUAUAGUUACAAAUGCGAUGUUUAUACGUGGUUAUGUUGAUGGGUGUAUAUUGGGUAUUCGAGGCUCUUCCAUUAGCAAUCACAGCUUUUAUCCCCCUUAUAAUGUUCCCGGCUCUCGGAAUUAUGGAAUCUGAAAAAGUUGCACAAGCCUAUCUUCCUGACACUUGUUUCUUAUUUAUGGGUGGUUUGAUGGUUGCACUGGCUGUUGAAAAAUGUCAAUUGCAUGCGAGAAUCGCGUUGUUUGUUUUGAAAACUGUUGGAUCUGAACCAGCAAGAGUUAUGGCAGGAUUUAUGGGUGUCACUGGAUUUUUAAGGUUCAACAUAUUUCCUCUGAGAUCUUAACAUACAAAUCUUUUUUAGUAUGUGGAUUUCAAACACAGCCACAACUGCUUUAAUGGUUCCAAUUGUCCAAAGUGUAAUCUCCGAAUUAGUUUCAAAUCAUCGCUUGGAAGAUUUGAUUGCAUUGACGGAAGCACAUCGAGGAGUUCAGAAGAAAAUGAGUGUUGGUAUGAGAAGAUUAUCACUUCCUAAUGAGAAUCUUGAAGUUGAUCAAACGUGAGUUUUUGUUGAGAGAUGUUUCUGAAUAUCAAUAAAGAACAAACAUUUAGCGAUUUGAACGGAACAAUGUCUCCAAGAGAGCUCCGAAUGGCAAAAGGAUUAUUGUUAUCUGUUUGUUUUGCUGCAAAUAUUGGUGGAUCUGCAACAAUUACAGGAACUGCUUCAAACUUAGUUUUUGUUGGACAACUCGAUGAACUUUUCAAAGAUGCGGAUACUGGUGUCAAUUUUGUGAGCUGGAUUGUAUUUGCUUUACCAAUGGUUUUGGGUUGUUUGAUGUAUUGUUGGCUUGUUUUGUAUUUAUUAUUCUUGCGUGGAGCACCAAAAGGUUCAGUUAUCGUUACCAGAAAACUUCAACAAAAAUAUAACGAUCUUCAUGAUCUUUCAACCGCUGAAAUUUUGGUUAUGGGAUGUUUUGGUCUUUUACUUCUUCUUUGGAUUAUGCGAGAGCCUCAAGUAAUUCCAGGAUUUGGAAGAUUGUUUCCAGCUGAGAAGUAAGUUAUUUUUAUCAUAAGAAGAAUUUAAUUACGAACAAUAAUAAAAAGUUCAUUUUUAGGGCACUUUCGGAUGCUACAAGUGCAAUGUUCGUUGUUAUUUUACUCUUUGUACUCCCAGAGAAAUUGCCACCAAGAAGAAGUUAGUGAUUGAUUUGAAUAGAAAAAAAAACAGAAAAUAAUUCCAGAUGCAAAAGGAAAAUACCAACCAAGCCAAGGAUUGUUAGAUUGGGAGACUGUUCAAGAUCGUUUCCCAUGGAGCGUAUUAUUCUUGUUAGGAGGUGGAUUUGCGUUGGCAGCUGGAGUUAAAGAAUCUCAACUAUCUCAUUCAAUUGGAGGAAUAAUGAAACAUUUGGAAGUGUUGCCAUCUAGUGCAAUCAUGUUUAUUUUCAUCCUAAUUGCUGUAACUUUAACAAAUAUUUGCUCGAAUACAGUUAUCGCAUCAAUUUUCAUCCCAAUCGUUUCGGAAGUUGCUGUUUCAUUGAAACUCAAUCCAUUGAACUUUAUGCUCCCGGUUACAAUUUCAGCAUCUUUUGCAUUUUUGUUGCCAGUCGCUACUCCACCAAAUGCUAUUGUAUUCUCGUCAGGAGUUUUGAAAGUGUCAGAUAUGGUGAGGCUAUUUCUAGAAACGUGAUUUGAAGAAAAAUAUUCGUGAAAUGACUUUGAGGAUCCAAAACACCGUAUUUCACAUUUCUGAUGAAAAAAUGAAAGACAUAUUCCUGACCUUUCAUAAACUCAUAAUUUUUCCAGUUCUUUGCUGGUCUCAUGGUCACAUUUGGCUGCAUUAUUCUCGCUAUGGUAAAUAUGAUGGCUUGGGCUGGAAUGGUUUAUAAUCUUCACAUGUUCCCACAAUGGGCCAUCCCCACUACGACAACAGCCGCACCUGCGAUUUGA